GAGUCGUAGGAGUUGUGUUUGUCUCGUGAGCCGCUGGGCCAAAAAUGGCGGAACGGACGAAGGUGACAUCCCCGGCUACCCGGCCUGUUCCCAUGAGAUUGUUCGCUACCUGGGAAGUGGAUCGUACUCCUCCGAAUUGCAUACCCAGGCUAUGUUCCUUGACGUUGACUCGUUUAGUGAUUCUUCGUCCACUUGGCUCAGACUUGGCGUCCAUCAGCAUCGCGGUCAAGAUGCAGAGUUCCAAGAGAACUUUGCGUUCCAACGAGAUGGCCAUACCGAGCGGCGGUAUACUCGACACCGAAUUAGAAUUACAAUUUGCGCUUCAAUAUCCACAUUUCCUCAAGAGGGAUGGUAACAAGCUCUUGAUAUUGCUGCAGAGGCGGAAACGAUACAAAAAUCGCACGAUGCUCGGAUACAAAACUCUUGCGGAAGGAAUCGUCAACAUGGCGCAAGUGCUGCAGCGGCAGAUGGAUCUCGAAUUGGAACUGAUAUCGGACAAAGCGGAGAAAUACGGCGGUCAUUCGGUCGCGCUGGCGCGCGUAAGCGUCGUCGCGUUAACUUCCCAGCCGGUCGAUCACGAUAAAAGACUGACAAACGACCCAAAUGAGAGGCUCUGUCCAGAAUUUAGUGACGAAGAAGAGGAAUUUAGCUCGGAAGGCGAGGCGGAGGGCAGUGACAGCGAACCCACGUUAGAGGUGCACAGGCGGAAAAGUCGUGGGAAGAUUCCAACAAACGCCAGGCAAAGAAACUUAAAGCAAAAGUUUAUAGCUCUUUUAAAGCGGUUUAGGGUGUCAGAAGAGUUAGAACAUGAUCAAGAAGAGAUUGGACAGAAACUUUCAGGUGGCGAUAUGGAGAUAGAGGAAUUGUUCGACGAAUUGGAAGACUUGUCGGAUAGCGGACCGGAAUUGGAUACUAUGUCCGUUAGUAGCACACCGAAGCCAUCGCUGAGGCCCUUUUUCAGCUCUAGUCGAUCCCUACUGGCACCGCCUCAUUCUGUAGUAACCAGCGAGGAUACUGGAACUGUCUCCGCAACUACCACAUGUCAGCAGCCCGCGAGUCAAUCGGCUAAAGAGAAACACCGUAUUGGACACACCACGCCAGAGCGUGGAGUGGACAGACAAAGCGAUGACAGUUCUCGGAGAGCCGAUAGUGAUUCCCACCCUGAAAAUUGGACGGAUCACGAGGCAAAUGACCCACCGAAUUACGUAGCGGGUUCACCGCCGAAAUCGGAGCAGCCUAACAAGAGUGAGAGUUCCGAGAGAAGAAGUAGACUCUUUGCGCGCGAUAGAGGGACGCCCGGCAGUAACAAAUCUAAGAAGCACAGUCUGAGUGUCGAUUUAAAACCGUCGGCCGAUUUGAAUAGCACGGAACCGAGAAAAGCUCUGGUGGAACAGCUUGGCCGGAUAUUACCGGAUGACAGUUUACCAGAAGCUGUGUCACUUGUGUCAAUAGCGGAUCCUGGCGGUGCUGUCCUUGCCGCGAGACUUCAAGAAAGAAAUCACAGAGUGCUGACAACGGCUUCUCCGGCUGAUAUUCGUGCAACGUUCACCUGCUUGGUCACACGCAUACAGAAAUUCUGCAAUAGUUCCGCGAAACCACCCGCACCUAUAAAAGUUGUGAUCGCUGGCGGGGACAGUUUCAUCAACGCAGUUCUCCGUCACUACGUCGACUUGCUGAGUUUCAGACCGCCAGAUUGGCAAAACUACAUGAAGUUUUUGGUAGUGCCGCUUGGUUCAAACACGUUAACGAGAUACCUUGGUUCUGUCGACGUCAAAUACUCGAUGCUCUUCGGAGAUGAAUGGAAGGAGCUUCUGGAGAGAGAAGGAGGAGGAUCGAGUGAGGGCGCAGCACGGAUAUCGGAAUACUUAGCCGCGGCAAACACCGUUCUACCGCUACCCAUAGCAGAAGCUAUGGUUACGUACAGGGAGACGGAUGACAGCAGCCAAAUUUUUAUUCCCUUUGUAAAUGAUGUUCGCGUGGGUUGCCCAGACAGCAGUUCUUCCGCAUCUGUCGAUUUGGAAGAAAGUAAUGUCAGUAUGUCUGGUUCUCCGCCUUCUUUACCUCCUCCGAGUUUGCCCGUUCCACCACCUGGAAAAUUGACACCGCCUAGCAGUCCUAAUGUGGGCCAACCGGCGAGAGAAGGAUGGGAACCUGUGGAGCUUCAGCUAGAUUAUUGGGGUAAACAAACUCAAGGUGAAAAGGGAAAAAGCACAUUACGUCAAGCUUUUCGAGCGUUGCACGUGCAAAGACUUCCUCCUUUGGGCGAAGCUCCAGGACACCAUUUAUCCAUGAAUUAUAUGACGAAAGAAAAGAAACAAAAAAUAAUGAGGUUGGGCAAAAAGAAAGAAAAGGAAAAAGAGAACGAGCCAAAAAGUCAAACAGUGGAUAGUGUGACACGUCUUAUAUGUUCAGCAAAAACUCACAACAUUCCACUAAGAGUGAGCAUUGACGGUACAGAGUGGUAUGGCGUAAAGUUUUUUCAACUAUCAGCGCAAUGGCAAACGCACAUCAAGACGUUUCCGAUAGCUUUAUUGGAAUAUAAUCCACAACAACAAACUUUGACUAGUACGUAAAUUUAGGUUUUCAUCAUUGCAAUGAGAGAGAGCUUUUGGCAACUUACUUGCGUAUUUUGUGUCAUUACUGAUAAUACUAAUUCGACUCGUUUUAUAUACAAAUCCGAUGAUCAUAAACUUUUGAAGACUGCUCGGUCAAAUUUACAGAUUAGCGAAUUUUAUGAAAACGCCAAUGUUUGAGGUGUACAUAAUGUACAUUAUAUUCGUCCUAUGAAUUAUUUGACGAUAAUGAUAAUUUAAUGAUAACGGUAAGUUUUUACAGUCGAGGUAUUUCCCUACGUCGUAUAUAAAAUGUAUACACGCGUAAUAAGUAAUAUGUUGUGCAAUCCGCAAGCGGUUUGUGUGACACACACUCGCGAUAACUGUCUUGAAAUAUAUAUUCUAUUAAAUUAUAAAUUAUUAAGUUCUAAAGUGUGUAGUUUUCGUACGUCUAAUUUUUUAAAAUCUCUCGACAAAGAUAUAAUUUCAUCGCACAUGAAACUAUAAA